UCUGUUUUAAAAAACCGUGGCCGAGCAGGCCAUAAUUUCUUGUAAGUUGUAACUCGUAAUCGAAACAAUCAUGCCACUAAUUGAUGAACUUGGGAACUUGUGGAUGGCAGAACCGUUACUCUGCCUUCCGAUCUGCCCAUGUCGGUCACAGCACCCUUUUAGCUUCUAUGCACAAGUGCUCAUAAUGACUGGAAUACAAGAAGAUAAAUCAACAGUAGAACAGGAGAAUGAGAUACGAACACCAUGUCUCCUUCUGUGGCAACCUCAUAGAAACAACAGCCACAAAUAAAGCUUCCAUAGCAGAUGAUUGGGUGCAUCAAAUUCUCUCAAUGUACCGAGGUCAACACCUUAUUAUAGGCUUGGACUGUAAAAGGAGGCCUCAUCCCAUUACAUCGAUGGGUGGCAGAACUGCAACCAUGCAGUUGUGUGUAGGCAGCAAGUGUCUCAUACUUCAGUUGCUCUAUAUGGACUACAUACCCAAAUCCCUCAAGAGUUUUCUUAGUAAUCCUGACAUUACUUUUGUUGGGGUUGAGGUUGAGGAGAAUGUACUCAGGCUUUGGGGUGAGUAUGGUCUUUGGUGUACUGACGCAGCUGAUGUUCAUGAAUUGGCUAGCAGGAGUUUUCCUCUUGGUUUCAGUGGAAAAACUGGUCUGAAAGCUCUUGCUUAUAAAGUGGCCAAGCUUCGUAUGUGGAAACCCAAGAAUGGUUGCUGUGGUGAUUGGGAAUCAAAGCUACUUGAUGAGCGACAAAUUGAACAAGCUUGUAUUGAUUCUUAUUCUGUGUACAAGAUUGGCAUCAAGUUACUCGAUAAGAUCUGAAUGUGUAGAA